UUCUGCCUUGCUCCAUACCCUUCUGCAACUAGAGAGCGGACAUGUUAGCCCUGUCAUAACGGGGAUAACGGGUAGUUGGAUACUUAGUGCAGGGAUUUGCUGCUAGGGAAAUCAUGGACGCCGUAAACGCUUUCAACCAUGAGCUGUUCUCCUUGAUGGACAUGAAGCCCCCAAUAUCUCGAGCCAAGAUGAUAUCCAUCACUAAGUCAGCCAUCAAAGCUAUGAAGUUAUAUAAACACGUGGUCCAGAUUGUUGAGAAGUUCAUUAAAAAGUGUAAGCCGGAGUACAAGGUGGCAGGUCUAUAUGUUGUAGACUCCAUCGUCCGACAGUCCCGUCAUCAGUUCGGCGUGGACAAGGACGUGUUCGGGCCACGGUUCACCAAGAACAUCACGGGAACGUUUGAGAACCUCUGUCUCUGUCCCACUGAAGAACGGAGUAAGAUAGUGCGUGUGUUGAAUCUGUGGCAGAAGAAUGGUGUGUUUAAGAUGGAGAUCAUCCAGCCUCUUCUAGAUAUGGCUAUAUCUGGUUCCAGCAGUGCUGCAGCUGCAGACACCGAGAUGGACGACCCAGACCCAGGUUUCCCCUCAUCCCCCUCACCAGUAAAGGGUCCAGUCACCUCAGUAACAGAAAACACAGUUGUGGCGCCUGUCCCUCAGCUUCAGAACUCUGACGCAUUCGCUGCUGUCGCUCAGCUCUUCCAGUCCUCAAAGGGACAACAGCUUCAACAAAUGCUCCAGAACUUCCAACAAAUUCCGUUAAAGCCUCAGACUCAUCCCUUCCCGCCCCAGACCCACAGCCACCCCCAGGCUCAUCCCCAGCCGCAUCUUCAGGCUCCACCCCAUCCCCAGCCGAAUCUCCAGGCUCCACCCCAUUCCCAGCCGCAUCUCCAGGCUCCACCCCAUUCCCAGCCGCAUCUCCAGGCUCCACCCCAUCCCCAGCCGCAUCUCCAGGCUCCACCCCAUCCCCAGCCGCAUCACCAGGCUCCACCCCAUCCCCAGCCGCAUCUCCAGGCUCCACCCCAUCCCCAGCCGCAUCUCCAGGCUCCACCCCAUCCCCAGCCGCAUCACCAGGCUCCACCCCAUCCCCAGCUGCAUCACCAGGCUCCACCCCAUCCCCAGCCGCAUCUCCAGGCUCCACCCCAUCCCCAGCCGCAUCUCCAGGCUCCACCCCAUCCCCAGCCGCAUCUCCAGGCUCCACCCCAUCCCCAGCCGCAUCUCCAGGCUCCACCCCAUCCCCAGCCGCAUCUCCAGGCUCCACCCCAUCCCCAGCCGCAUCUCCAGGCUCCACCCCAUCCCCAGCCGCAUCACCAGGCUCCACCCCAUCCCCAGCCGCAUCACCAGGCACAUCCCCAGCCUCCAGCCAACCUCCACCACCUCCACUCCCAGCCCCAUCUCCAGACCCUCACCCCGGCCGCUCAGCGACUCCCCCUCCCCUCCAGCGAGCCCACCCAGCAGAAAACAGCGUUUGACAAGGUGGCUACGCUGUUGGACCGUUUUGACUAUGACGAUGAGCCUGAGGGAGCCGACGAAUCAAAGAAGCACCAGACAUCUUUUACCCAGCAGCCUCCAGGUUUCCCCCAGCACUUUCAACAACACAUGAUGGGCAUGAUCCAAGACCUCACACACCAGAUACCUCUCCCUCCCAACGGCCAGCUCCAGGGCUAUGGUCUGCUGCCGGGCCAGGCCUACCCAGGAAUGGUGGGUCCUCCAGGCCAGCCCCUCCCUGGUACAGCACCUCCGGGCUUCCCUGGGGGAUACCCUCCAAAUAAGGACGCCUUCGGCCAACACGUGGGCCAGCAAGAACAGGAUAUGAAUAUGGACCUGGACCCCCCCUCCAUGAAGGAUGGACGACACCGACCGGAUGGCAGGAAGUCACCAUCAGGAUCUAGGUCUCCUAAGAGGAGGCGGUCGCGGUCCAACUCUAGAACACAACGGUCCAGAAACAGACGCUCUCGCUCACGGUCCAGAGACCGCCGCAGACACUCCCCACGGUCACGCUCCCAGGAACGCAGGGAGAGAGAGAAGGAGAAGGAGAAAGAGAGGGAGAGACGGCAGAAAGGACUGCCACAGCCCAAGGCUGACACGCUGAGCGUGUGUAGUACCACUCUGUGGGUGGGUCAGUUGGACAAGAGAACACAGCAGCAGGAUGUAGCCUGUCUACUGGAGGAGUUUGGACAGAUAGACUCCAUCAACAUGAUUCCUCCCCGAGGUUGUGCCUACAUUGUCAUGGUCCACAGACAGGAUGCCUUCAGAGCUCUGCAGAAACUCAGCAGAGGAUCCUACAAAGUCAACCAGAAAGCCAUCAAGAUCGCGUGGGCGUUGAAUAAAGGUAUCAAAGCAGAGUUGAAGCAGUACUGGGAUGUAGAGCUGGGCGUUACCUUCAUCCCCUGGUCUAAGAUACGACAGGACCAGCUAGAGGACAUCAGAGAGGGAGGGACGCUGGACCCAGACACACUGGACCCAGAGUGGAGGAGUGUUCAGAGUAACCAGGACACACCAGAGGAGUUCAGACAAAAUGGCAGCUCUGAGCCGUUAGCCACGGUGGAGGACACAGCUGGGGCCGCACCUGUAGCCACUCCUGUACAGGUACAUCCGGUCCAGGUGCAGUCGAUGGGAGGUGUAGGUUCUCUCCAGCAGCACCCCUCCUUCCCCCCUGGGCCUGGCCCUCCUGGUGGUCCCCCCAUGGGCCUGCCUCCCCCUUCCUUCCCCCCUGGUGUACCACCCGGACCUCCUCCCUCCUUCAUGAGACCGGGACCAAGGUUCAACCCCAUGCAGAUGAUGCCACCAGGUUUCCUUCUGCCUGGGUCGAUGCCCCUGGGCCCCUCUGGCCCCCCUCCCUCAGCAGCAGGGGGUGUAGGGGGAGUUGAGCUGUCUCUGGAUCCAGCCGGCCUGGGUAACCAGGUGCCUGGUCCUCCAGGGGGCUCACCAGGCGGUCCCAUCCCACUGUCUGGAGGUCUUCUUGGGGCUCGCCCCGGCAUGAUCCCCCUCCAGCGCCCUCCAGUCCACUCUCCUGGUCCGGUCCUCCCCCCACCUCACAUGCAGCGCUUCCCUCCUCCCCACGGUGGCCCACAUGGCCCCCACCCCCCUCGGGGCCCCCCCCACCACAACAUGCCACCCCAGAUGAUGCCCCCCAACAGGGGCCCCCACCCUCACAUGAUGCACCACGAUGGCCCCCCUCCGCCGCCCGGGGGCCCACGAGGGUUUGGGAUGGGCAUGCCCCCUUCCCAUCCCAUAAGGGGUCCCUUCCCUCCCCACGGGCCCCUCCCUGGGGGGCCCCCACCACCUUUCAUGAGGGGGGGCCCUCGAGGGCCAGAGGGGCCGGAGGAGAUUGAGGGGAGGGGGCCCCCCAGGGGCGAGAGACCUGGGUUUAGGGACAGAGAUCCAGAUAGGGAGCGAGAGAGGGACUGGGAGAGGGAUAGAGAGAGGGAGAGGUUUGAACCCUUCCAAUCCCAACAGAAGGUGGAAUCGGAACCCUCUGGCCUCCCUGUUGAAGUGACUGGUACAGAACCGCGCGUGGCGUGUGUUUCUGGAUCUACAAGUCAACCUCAGCCCAUAGAGAAAACACAUGCGGAUGAGACACAGGAGACUGAGGCAGUCAUAGGCUAG